AUGCCUCAAAUGACCGAAUCCGGCGGCAUUGAUGACGCCCUAAGCACCGAACCAACACCCACUGGAGACCGCGUUCACCUCCUGCUUGCUGCAACAGGCUCAGUCGCGACAAUCAAAAUAUCCAACAUCAUCACCGCUCUCACCCCUCACAUUCCCAAGCUCUCAAUAAGAGUCAUACUCACGACCAAAGCCCAACAAUUUCUAGCUGGCCAGUCCGCCGAGCAGCCCACCGUCUCUUCCCUACUCUCCCUGCCCGGCGUGGAAGCCGUCUAUGACGAUGACGCCGAGUGGGGACCAGAGCCCUGGCGCCGUGGUGUUGACAUUUUGCAUAUUUCUCUCCGACGCUGGGCUGAUAUCCUCGUCAUUGCUCCUCUUUCUGCGAACACUCUCGCCAAGCUCGCCAACGGGAUCAGCGAUAACCUAUUGACGUCGGUGUGUCGGGCUUGGGAUACAGAUGGUCAGGUUGACGGUAAAAAGAAACGGAUUGUGGUUGCUCCGGCCAUGAAUACGGCUAUGUGGCGGCAUCCGGUAACGGCUCAGCACAUCCGGGUGCUAGAGCAGGACUGGGGCGUGAAGAAAGAUGAAAAGACUGGUGAGGAGACUGGUUGGUUUGAGGUUUUACACCCGCAGUCGUCAAAGAUCUUGGCUUGUGGAGAUGUAGGGAGUGGUGCUAUGCUGGAAUGGACGGAGAUAGUCAAGAUCAUCGAAGAGCGGUUAGGGUUGAGUGGUCAUACUUCAGGCCACAGUAAUUGA